GAAGAGACAUCUUUCUACUCGACGCAGGCUUCGCAAGGUCGGCGCAACUCGUGGCAUCACUACCAGAGAUAUUUGACGUCUCUUUCGGAAAGAAUGGACCAAGAAGAUCCAACGUACGAUAACCAGGGAGGUGCGGGCGCAAUACCGGAUCCUCCCAACGAACCGGACUGGAGAGAGGGCGGAGCGUACGCAAUACCGGAUCCCUCCAACGAACCGUUGCCCGAUCCCACGCACUGGAUAGAGGGCGGAGCGUACGCCAUAGAGGAGUGGUCCAACAAACCUUUGGACGAUCCAACGUACAGGAGAGAGGGCGCCAUACCGAAGCGUUCAAACCUUCUGCAACCGUUGGAAAAAGACUCCCACCGACCCCAAGUGGCCUUAAACCGGGCCCCGGUUCUACCCGGGCUGGCUGGCGGCCGACGGCACUCCGGACCUCCGCAGAAACCUGGAGCAAUUGAGGCUGCUUGCUGCAAUUGCUUCGUAAGAAGUAUCUUACCCGCCGCCAAAGCGAUCGACACCCAAAUUGAGCAGCUUCUCAAUGCUGGCAAGACCGACGCAAGUGAAGCAGCUCCUGAAAACAUCUAUGGGCUGGCGAGUCACCUCGAGGAGGGUAUCAGAAACAGAGCCCAAAGUCUGCUCAAAGCCCAAGAUGUGGAACAAGUCACCAAUUGUUUGGAGGUCAGAUUGCGUGGCUCAGCAAGUUUUCAGAAGCAUUUGAAAGCGUUUAUAAAGUCUCUAGUCGUGGCUGAGCUGAGGAAGAUAGAGGCACUUGAGGCCUUCAAGUCGGAAAAAGAACAACUCCUUCAACUUGUCCGGAGAAAACACCACGUGGAAGCUUUCGAGAAGGCCCUGUCGAGCGAUGACCACCGAUUCCUUAAUGCUGUGUGCUGGGCGUCAAGCAAGCUGGAUUUUGUGACUUUGCAGCCCAACCCAUUCUCCCCAUCACUUACGGCGGCCAUAAUCCAUCGCCUGUCCAAGGACUUCAGAAAGGAAAAGGUUCCCCCACUGAAAUUUUUUAGGUACCUAGUGCACAAGUUGACCAAAAUGGCUCUGGACGAGGAAGAGAAGCAGCGCAUAGCGGAGCAGCUGAAAGAGAGUAGAAUCAUCUUAUCUGACAUCAUGGGAAAUGCACCCGAAGAAGCCAGACCAGAUCAGAAGUUGGAACAGAUCAUUGUUAUGCUGGGCGCAUUCAUUGGCUGAGAGCCAUAUAAUAUGUUUAAAACAAAAAAUACAAGUCAUUUGUCCCU